AUCAAUGUCAGCGGUCAUUUCAUUAUGACAAUUGACAGAUAAAUAAACAUCGCCGCCGAAUGUAAACGGUGAAUCUUUUCAGAGAUUAUUUUUAAAUAAAAGUACAUACAAUAUACGGAUAUAAAAGCAGAUAAUUUUUCUUUUCUUAGGUCUUUUUCAAGAAAACACUAAAAUAAAACAUGAAAUUGACUGUAGAUGGUUUACUCGUGUAUUUUCCAUAUGAUUAUAUUUAUCCAGAACAAUACGCCUAUAUGCUGGAAUUAAAGCGGGCUCUAGAUGCAAAGGGUCAUGGACUGCUAGAAAUGCCGUCAGGAACGGGCAAAACAAUAUCACUUUUAUCACUCAUUGUUGCAUACAUGAUACAGAAUCCCCAUCACAUUAGAAAAUUAAUAUACUGCUCUCGUACUGUGCCGGAAAUUGAAAAAGUUUUAGAGGAAUUGAAGAAUCUGUUCAAAUACUAUGAGAAGUCGCAAGGUGAAAAGCCAAGCCUAACUGGGGUGGUGUUGAGUUCACGCAAGAAUUUGUGCAUACAUCCAGAGGUGUCACAAGAAAGAGAAGGUAAACUUGUUGAUGGAAAAUGUCAUGCUCUCACCGCCAGCUACAUAAGAGAUAGACAUGAGAGGGAUAAUUCCAUACCAAUUUGCCAGUUCUACGAGGGUUUCAACAGGGAAGGCAAAGAGUCAAUGUUACCAUAUGGAGUGUACAAUAUGGACGAUCUAAAGCAGUAUGGAGCCGAUAGAAAUUGGUGUCCCUAUUUCUUGUCAAGAUUUGCCAUUAUACACGCAGAGAUAGUUGUCUAUUCCUACCACUAUUUGCUAGAUCCAAAGAUAGCAGAGGUCGUGUCCAAAGAGUUGAACAAGGAGGCGGUUGUUGUCUUUGACGAGGCACACAACAUAGACAAUGUGUGCAUAGACUCGCUUAGUGUUAGAAUAACAAGGAGAACCAUAGACAAAAGUUCGCUAGCGUUGCAAACUUUGGAGAAAACUGUUGCCAGAAUACGCGAAGAAGACUCAGCUAGAUUGGCGUUGGAAUACGAACAAAUGGUGGAAGGUCUGCGGGAAGCAGCACUCGCGAGGGAUACUGAUACAAUACUGGGAAACCCCAUACUGCCCGAUGAAGUUCUUAACGAGGUGGUUCCAGGCAAUAUACGUAACGCAGAACAUUUCCUAGGAUUCCUGAAGAGAUUCAUAGAAUACCUGAAAACUAGACUGCGAAUACAACAUGUGGUACAAGAGUCACCAGCUGGUUUCCUCAAAGACGUCGCGUCCCGCGUGUGCAUAGAACGCAAACCGCUGCGUUUCUGCGCAACCCGACUGCAAUCUCUAUUACGUACAUUGGAAAUACCGGACCCAUCACAACUCGGGUCUCUAACACUAGUCACGCACCUGGCUACACUCGUCUCGACGUAUACUAAGGGAUUCGUGAUUAUAAUAGAGCCGUUCGAUGACAAAACACCCACUGUGUCCAACCCGAUAUUGCAUUUUUCAUGUAUGGAUUCGUCAAUAGCGAUGCGGCCAGUUUUUGCAAGAUUUCAAAGUGUUAUAAUCACUUCAGGUACAUUAUCGCCAUUGGACAUGUAUCCGAAAAUAUUGGACUUCAACCCAGUAGUGAUGAGUUCCUUCACCAUGACGCUCGCCAGACCCUGUAUAUUGCCUAUGAUAGUGUCAAAAGGCAGCGAUCAAGUUGCCAUAUCUAGUAAAUAUGAAUCGAGAGAAGAUGUCGCAGUUAUAAGGAACUAUGGACAGCUGCUGGUUGAGAUAUCAGCAUGUGUGCCAGAUGGAGUCGUUUGCUUUUUCACCUCAUAUCUAUAUUUGGAAAGCGUGGUCGGAGCUUGGUAUGAUCAAGGUGUGGUCGCUAGCUUACAAAGGCAUAAACUGCUGUUCAUCGAAACGCAAGACUCGGCGGAAACUAGUUUUGCACUGAUCAAUUAUAUUAAAGCGUGUGAGAGCGGUCGGGGGGCGGUGCUGCUGUCGGUGGCCCGCGGCAAGGUGUCGGAGGGCGUGGACUUCGACCACCACCUGGGGCGGGCCGUGCUCAUGUUCGGUAUACCCUACGUGUUCACGCAGAGCAGGAUACUGAAGGCCAGGCUCGAGUAUCUGCGCGAUCAGUUUCAGAUUCGCGAGAAUGACUUCCUAACGUUUGAUGCUAUGCGACACGCGGCACAGUGUGUGGGGCGAGCUUUGCGAGGUAAGACGGAUUACGGCGUGAUGAUAUUUGCGGACAAGCGUUUCAGCCGCGCGGAUAAACGCGGCAAGUUGCCUCGAUGGAUACAGGCGCAUCUGAAGGACUCACUCACCGCACUUUCUACGGAAGAAGCCGUGCAGAUAUGCAAGCGUUGGUUACGACAAAUGGCGCAGCCGUUCACGAGAGAAGACCAGCUUGGAGUAUCUCUACUAACCUUACAACAGUUACAAUCCAAGGAACAACAGGAAAAGAUUGAAAAACAAGUACUACAGAAGUGAUCGGGGCUGGAAUGUGUGGAAUAUAGUGGAACACGCCAGAAUCGCGUGGAACAAGUGAAAGUGGAACGAUUAAAUAACGGUUAUUAGUGCUGGAAUAUGUUGUGAAAGAGUUUGAAUCAAAAUACAUAAAUGUAACAAAAAUAUCUUAGUAGAAGUAUCUUGUUUUAUAACAUCAUUAAUUUAGAAUAUUAUUGUGAUAUUCUUAAAAUGUAAAGCUGGCAGAAUUAAAAAUCUGAUAAGAAACCAUAAAAUGACUGAUUUAUGUUAUAGUCAACUGUAUCUGUUGCAAAGCAACGUGUUUGUAAAGUGAUUCGUUAAUAAAUGAAUACAUUGAAA